AAGAUGCACCUGCUCCUGCUUCAAGGGCUGAAACCUCAGCAUUUUCUGCAAAGUUCUAAGCAGGAUCCUGAAGUGUACUUAUUGGCUGGAAUGCCCGCUGCAGCCGCCGGCUUGAAGCAGGCUUGAGCCAUCCCUCCUCCCGGGAUUAUACAACUUCAGACAGGUUUGAGUCCCGGUGGCACCUCUCCUGCUAGAACCGCUGCUGCUAUCACUUCCCAGUCUCCAGCAGAACUGAACUCGAACCUUGCUAGCCUCCAGCAGCGCUGAGGCUAGCAAGUGCGCGGGAAACCUGUCGCAGUCCUGUGUACGAGACGGACUCUCUCUCGCACACACGGUCCUCUGCUGCCACUGCUUGCUCCGUAACGUGUUGCUCGCUUCCCGGCCAGCAGCGAGCCCUGCGCUCCUUGCCUUGGUGCUGCUGCCGCCGCCGGCUGCCCCGACUUCUCCAAAGUGAGGGAUGCAGCAAGACCCCUCCUUCGUUCCAGAAGAGUCCGCUCCCCUCGCCCUUCUUCCUCCAGCGCUUGUGGGAGGGCGACGGCGUGGGCGGCGACGGCGCUGAGUGAGUGACUGAGGAGGGCGGGAGGCGGUGUCCGGGUAGGGGGCGGAUUUUUUGAGCCCACUCGGGCGGGUUCUUCAGAGCGGCUGCAGCGGCGGUGUUGUCGGGCGGGUCACUCUGGCUGCCCGCCUGGGGUCUCAGCUGGUCGUCCGGGGAGACGGACUCCGCUCCACUCUCCCGCCACAUUUAUGGACGAACACCUGAGCCUGCUGCGCUCGCCGGCCGCCCCGUCCUCCUGCAGGCACCCGAGGGGCGGCAGCAGCGGCGUCGGCGUCGUGGGGAGCAGCCACCACAACUUGGGCUACAGUGAGCAGCUCUUCCCCGAGGGCGCGCUCUCUGGCCUCGAGGAAGGGCAGGAGGAGGAAGAGGAAGAGGACGGGGAGCUGGAAGGUGGCAUGACUGUGGGGGGUGGAGAGGACCCUCCCUUCGAGGACUCGCAGCACCCUCAUGCCCUGCUGGGAGGGGAGCGCUAUGACCACCCCAUGGCCCACACCCUGCCUCCUCCCAGUCAUCAAGUGGGCAACAGUGGUGGUGGAGAGCAUGAGUGUUGCGAGCGGGUGGUGAUCAAUAUCUCUGGUCUGCGCUUUGAGACCCAACUCAAGACCCUGGCCCAGUUCCCUGAGACCCUGCUGGGUGACCCCCGCAAGAGGAUGCGCUACUUUGACCCCCUUCGCAAUGAAUAUUUCUUUGACCGCAACCGGCCCAGCUUUGAUGCCAUCUUGUACUACUACCAGUCUGGAGGCCGCAUCCGACGCCCUGUCAAUGUCCCAAUUGACAUCUUUUCAGAGGAGAUCCGCUUCUAUCAGUUGGGUGAGGAGGCCAUGGAAAAAUUUCGAGAAGAUGAAGGUUUCAUCCGGGAGGAGCAGAGACCUCUACCUGAAAAGGAGUUUCAACGCCAGGUGUGGCUCCUCUUUGAGUACCCGGAGAGUUCUGGACCAGCUCGGGGUAUCGCUAUUGUAUCAGUCUUAGUUAUUCUCAUUUCCAUUGUCAUCUUCUGCCUGGAAACCUUGCCUGAGUUCAGAGACGACCGUGACUAUGAUAGCACUGCAGGGACAUUUGGGACUGGCAGUGGUCCUUCUGUGGCAGAUACCUUCACAAAUUCUUCUUCCUCAUCAGCAUCCAUGGUGUCAUCUUUCACUGACCCUUUUUUUGUGGUGGAGACUUUGUGCAUUAUCUGGUUCUCCUUUGAGCUGCUUGUUCGCUUCUUCGCUUGUCCCAGCAAGCCCACCUUCUCUAAGAAUAUUAUGAACAUAAUUGACAUUGUGGCCAUUAUACCUUAUUUCAUCACCCUGGGUACUGAGCUGGCCGAAAGACAGGGGAAUGGCCAGCAAGCCAUGUCCCUAGCCAUUCUUAGAGUCAUCAGACUAGUCAGAGUCUUCCGAAUCUUCAAGCUUUCUCGGCACUCCAAAGGACUGCAAAUCUUGGGGCAGACCCUCAAGGCCAGCAUGAGAGAGCUGGGCUUGCUCAUUUUCUUUCUCUUCAUUGGGGUUAUCUUGUUUUCUAGUGCUGUCUACUUUGCAGAGGCUGAUGACCCCACCUCAAGUUUCAGCAGUAUUCCUGAUGCCUUUUGGUGGGCUGUAGUGACUAUGACUACAGUGGGUUAUGGGGACAUGCACCCAGUCACUAUUGGAGGCAAAAUAGUAGGAUCUCUCUGUGCCAUAGCUGGGGUGCUGACCAUUGCCUUGCCUGUGCCUGUGAUAGUCUCCAACUUCAACUACUUUUAUCACCGGGAAACAGAAGGUGAAGAACAAGCUCAGUAUAUGCAUGUAGGAAGCUGCCAGCAUCUCUCCUCCACUGAGGAGCUGAGAAAGGCUCGUAGCAAUUCCACUCUCAGCAAGUCAGAGUACAUGGUGAUAGAAGAGGGAGGCAUCAGUAACAGUGCAUUCAAACAGGCUGCCUUUAAAGCAGGCAAUUGCACAACCACAAACAAUCCCAACUGUGUGAAUGUUAAAAAGAUCUUUACAGAUGUUUAAAAGAAAGCUUCCAAGGAAAUGUAAAAAUAUUACAGAAGAUCUGCAUAAUCAUUAUUGUGAGGAAUAUGCACCAUCAUUGAUUUUUGUGCUUGUUUAUCACACAUAUUUUCCUGAUCUUUCUGGAGAGCAAAGAUGAGGAUUUUUUGAAGGUAACAGGACAAACCAAGCAAGAUAUUAAGAAAUAAGUUAGAUAAGAGGAUAUGAAGAAGAAUGUAUUGCUAUCUCUUGAAACAGGUUUUUGUUCUGCGCUGUAUUUGUUGCAGGGCUUCUGGAUUUUGUUGGGAAACUUGCUUCUUUGAUUUUUGCAAAAGCAGUGGUGUUGCUGAUUUUCCUUUCCUUACAUAUAUGAACUUGUUGGAGUGAUAGUUAUGAAGUGAAAGGAAAUCAAAUGCAACCAUAUUGCAGACUGUGAAAAAUAUAAUCAUUUUAUUUCACAAAGCAUCUCUCUGCCACUACAUCAUAAAUCGAUGCCUACUAUUGGGACGUCUGAUGUCUGUCAUACAAGGGUAACAAUUUUUAUUUCUUUAUGCCAGAUUAGAGCCCGUGUGCAAUAUAAAUCUGUCCAAUGUAUAAUCAUUUUGAUAUACCAAGAGAAGUCUUUAUUGUGAUUAUGGAUUUCUGUGGUCCACAAACCUACAGAUUUUCUCCCCUUCUGCCUUGAAUCUGAAAUUCUAGCUGCAUAGUAUGGUGAGAAACACUUCUUUCUACAUUAUAAGGCUAAAUGGCUGACUGACUGUAUCAUAUCCUGAAUGUUUGGUGUUCUGCAUAUCAGGAACUGUUAGGCUCCUAGUAAGUCACUGAUGGGCUUUUUGCAAUGACUGCAGUUUCAAUCGAAACCUAUCAAAACCUUUGAAACAAAAGGGGUAUUUCCAUCCAUUUCCAAUGCAUUUAAGAUAAGUGUCUGCUUCUAUCGCAAGAAGAUUAAAGUGGCAAACACGCCUUGCAGCGGAAGUUACUAAUUUGGACCUGAGUGAUGCAGUUUCCAUAGCAACUUUGGUUUCCUGGGAAACUCCCAAAGGUUGUCAUGGCAUCCAUUCCCUCCGCUCCCCAGUCCCUUGCUGUUUCCAUAGUAACCAUUCCAGAUGGUUCCAACUUCUGUGAUUCCACAGAAAAGCCGCUGCUCUGAUAAAUCACACACACACACACACACACACACACUCAGCAUUAAUCCCUGAGAGAUUUAGGUGUGGAAACUAGGCAUUAUUCUAUAUGCACCAUUUUUAGAUGUACAAACAUCUCAGAGUUCUGGUGUCUACGAUAUCAAGAAGAAAAGAGAGAAUAUGGAAUAGUUUGGAUUGCUCUGCACAUUAUGAGAGAAUCAGCAAUCUGUUCUAUAAAUGAAACAAGUAUCCAAGUCUCCUUUCCAAAUCAUUUUGAUACCUGAUAGUUGAAACUGGAAACUAAGUCUAUAUAUGUUGCCUACACAACUGUGCAGAAGACUGAAAAAAAUGACACCAUCUCUGCUUCUUUCAGAGCAAACCAUAGAUUAAUUCAUGGUGUAUUACCUAGUUUUACCCAAAAUAUCCUGAAAUAAAUGGCAAUUCUACUUUCAAAGCAUAUAUGGCACUGAAGACCAAGACCCAAAACAUUCACUACAGAAGGAUGCAAAUCCAAGGGAAUAAAUACAAAUCAAUCAUAAAAUGUGGGGGUGAGAAACACUUAAAGUCCUCUGGGAAAUGUAUAUCCACCUUCUCCCAUCUGCACAUCUGGGGACCAUGGAAAAUCAGACAAACACAGAGAACUAGGAGCAAGCAAGCAACAAAAACCCAACAGCAAGGAAGAACAAAAAGAAAUAAAGGGCUGAUGAAUAACACUUGUUUUCUCAGAACCCUUGUAGAAGCAUAUUGCCCUGCUUUGGGACUCCAGACACAAACAGCCGCCAAGAACUCUAUAUCUGCAACUGGAGCUGCAAGGACAAAGAUGCCCACAGAGGUAAGCUCCCACAGUGCACCAGUGAAGACAAUGGGGAGCACAGCAACCUUUGUUGGUAAACACCUGGCACCCAACUUCCUCUUUUACCACUUCUGGUGAAAUACUCAUGAUGAUUUCCCCUGCUUCUGGAUUAGGGGAAAAUCCUCUGGGCACAUGGAGAAGAAUAAACAGGAACUGCAGACAGCAUUACAAUGCAACUUCCUGUCAUGGAUGGAUAACAGAAGAUGUCUCAGUAAGUGCUACAGAACUCCAUCAACCUCUUAAAUAUUUAUAAAAAGAAUCACAGACAUCAGGAAGAAGAAACUAAUUAUGCUCUAGCAUCAGGCCUGAACUGAAGGAUGGUCUGCCCUCUUGUGUCUCAGUAUUUUAACUUGUAGUGGUAUUACAAGCUCUAUCUCUCUUUGUUUUCUUACAAGUGCAUUAUGUAGAGAAAAACACCUUAUGUUGUAAGAUAAAACCAAAUGCAAUAUUAUAAGGAAGAUCAAAGAUGGGGAAAGGGGGAUAAGCUCACCUGGAUGUUAUUUCUGCCUUUACAGAAUUUCUCGUGCAAGCUUCAGCACCUAGAAGUGAAACAUCAAUUGAGCUGCUAAUAAAACAUUCUAAAUGUGUUGAUUGUAAAAAUAUCUGUUUUGUUUUGUACAAUUUUAUUUUGGACUGUACUGAGAAAUGAAUCAUCAUUCUAUGUGUUUUUUUUAAACAACCUUUUUCUUCUUCUGUCGAGUGUUAUUUAUAAAGUACCUUUAUUACAAAA